UGUAGGUCACCUCUUUCGCGCAAAGACAUCAUCAUGACUAACCCGGAAUACAGGCAGCUUUUGGCAUCGUUUGCGCCUUGGACAAAUAUGGUUGCCAUGAUCUUUCCUACACCAAGAUGACUAGGAGGUCCGUCGACGGCAGAGUGGUUACCAUCAUCAACGGCAUGGGAUCGUGGGAGGAUGCGACACUUGCUGGGGCUGCCCUGUACGGCGCUUAUGGGACUGACGGCAACAUUCUGGAAUCCCCUAAGAUCGUCAUCAACAAAACCAAUCCCUCGUACGACUUUGGUCCGUUCGACAACGGCCUGAAAUCCUUCUACGUCACCAACUCGGGCACGAACCCCAUCUGUGUCGCGGGCGUCAUUGUCAACACGCCUGACGGUGAAAUGGCUCUGUCCGGGAAUCUGGCAAAGGUCUGUCAUAUAGACAACUACGAAUCGAAAGACAGUGUCGCGACACCCGACAGUGCAUGUGUCUGGGUUGAUCGUCACGGCUCGAACGGCAUCAAGGUGCCGGGAUUGAUGUUUGAUCUUACCGUGAUGGAUGAGGAGAGAAUUGAAGCAUCAACCCCUAUCACGAACGUCCAGGACUUGUGCAUGGCGCCGUUCAUGAUGGCAGCAACACUACCCGUGAAAAGGGAUUCCGAGAGCAUUGCAACGGACUGUGCGGACUGUACUGAUUUCCGAACCCAAUUGAUCAAGAGUGGGCGCAAGGGUAAUAGCGCUGCACGACUCUGCGCCGACAAGUCUGCGAUUGGCCCUGACUUUGUCAGCUUGGAAGAAAAGCUUUACUGCGACAUGGAGACUAGACAUAUGUAUCCCCUUUGCGACGACAAGCUGGCCUUUGAUGGUCGUUGCUUCGACACAGACCAUGAUGAGUUGGUCGAGUCGAAUGACAAAGUCUCAGGCGGGAAACGUGAUGUUCAGGAGGAAGAGAAGAAUGUUGUCAAGACCUUUGAGAAGGUAGAAAUUUGGUAUUAGGGAGGGCAUUUGGAAGACAGCAUGGUGUCAAUGACUACAGUCUACCUGGUAGAAAGGCACUGGUAGGUCCUGUAGUAGUUAGUUCAAGUCUUUUGGAUAUUUUUUUCUUCAACAAAAGCGG